AUGUCGUCAGCCAUGGAAUCCUCGGCCGUAUCGAACGAUGUGCACCCUACGGGCGAGACCGCGAAAGACCAGGAAAGCUCAAUUCCGCAAUUGGACACUCUUAUCUCGCAUCUCGUCGCAGCGAAGCGUUCGCUAUCUUCUAUCAAUCAUGUCUGGCGAGCCAAUGAGAUAGUCACUGCCGCUCGUUCCGCAUUGGAGGAAAGUGUCAUAGUCUCUGCACGUACAGGGUUCCUCCGACGUGGGCUCAACAACCAACUCCGCCUUCUUUACAGUGUUCGGUCCGAGGUGGAAGAAAUAUCUCUCCGAGGUCGAUCGGAGUUUGCCAGCGUUCUGAAGGAUCUGGACGCAGCUGAUGCCCGUCUCAGAAAGACCCUCGGUCUCUUACGAGAGACAAUCGUUCAUUCUUCCUUCCGGCCGAAUGGAGAGGACCAAAAAAGCUUACAUGAUUUUGUUGAUGAACGUGGUGUCGACGAGCUUCAUGCGGCGCUGAAGGCUUCAAUCGACCGCACCAACGCUGCUCAAGCGGAGCUGGAUUCUUCCAACUAUGCUUUUGACGAUGAGCUUCAGUCGAUCAAGAAAGCCCUGGGCAACUACCGCGAGGCUACGAAAUUAGCCUCCUCUCGCUCCUCCUCCUCUUCAUCGCCGUCUGCCUCUAGUUCUAGCUUACCUAGCCUGUCAUCCAUGCCAUCCAUGCUGCAUUCGCUGGAAAUGCAUGCGCAGGAAAUGGCCAAUUUGCUAGAGUCAUUAGUGCGGCACUUCGAUCUCUGCGUCACUGCCGUCAAGCAUACCGAAGGCGGAGGUGCCGCAGCCCAAAACAUCACUGGUGAUAUGCCGGCUGGUGUUAAUGUCAGCGGCCGUGGUGGCCCUAACAUUGAGGAAGAAAUUAACGCUCAUCUAAAUGCCCCUCUAGAUCCUCUGAGUGAGUCUGGAUAUCUGGAGAUGGUCAACGUACUCAUGAAGGAUGCUGCUGAGGCGGAGGAUGUUGUGAUGGAGAUCCAGGAUCGCAUUGGCGAGAUGGAAUCUGUUCUGGAAAGUCUAGUCUGUAACCGGGAUAGUCUACUCUCUAUUUACAGUGCAACGACGGACGUCUUUGGUCACAUCUCGUCGCUAGCUUCAGCACGUCUACCCGGUUAUAUUGCGCAGGCACACAAUUUCACGCGUGUAUGGAACGAGGAGCAUGAACGGAUUGACGGCGGUCUUUCGGACCUCUCUGACCUUAAUUCACUAUAUGAUGGCUUCCUGGAGGCCUACGACAGCCUCAUUCUCGAAGUGUCGCGGCGAAGACAUGUCUGGCAACGUGUUGAGAAAGUGCUACGUGAUGCGAAGCACAAGCUGGACCAGCUCUAUGAGGAGGACGUCAAUGCUCGCGAAGCAUUCCGAGUGGAGCAAGGUGACUACUUGCCGUCGGAUAUCUGGCCUGGCAUUGGCCGUGAACCCAUGCGGAUUGAGUUCCGACGCAUCCUUGGCGGCCAUGUGAAGAAUGGAGAUGGAGAGCCAUCUGAGGCACCUGAUCGUGCUGCCGGCGAGUCCAUCGAUGAGCAGCGGCCAUCAGCAGCUGAAGAGCCCAUCGUCGAUGAUGAAAUCAUCCCUGACCUACCGAAGUUGAUCGUUGAGCAAGCUCUCGCUCGCUUGCAGGCAAGGAGCAAGCAAGUCGGCUAG